AUGCCGCGACACGAGCAGUGGACCUUCGAUGUCAAUGGACUGCGAAUUGUUAUCUGCCAGAACAACAUUGUUGCCUGGCGGCCUUGUGGGGACAUGCAAACUGCCAUCGUGAACGCAGCAAACGAGGAGUUGUUGGGCGCUGUUGGUGACGACGAGGAUUAUGGUGAUGACUUUGGUGGCGGCGGGGUUGACGCUGCUCUUCACCGAGUCGCAGGACCAGAGCUAAGGAUCACAGCUGGUGCCGACUUGCAUGUCGGACAUGUGAUUCAUGCUGUGGCUCCAGUCUUUCCGGCCCAUGCGCCUGAAGAGGCAACCAAGCUGUUGGAGCAAGCAUUUCUGUCGGCGUUGCGGCUUGCCGAGCGUUGUGCGAUUCAAGCCGUGGCCAUCCCAGCCCUGGGCUGUGGGCUCUUCGGCUGCCCUGUGGAACUUGGGGCGCGAGCCGCCAUCGAAGCUUGCAGACUUUUCUCAGGGACGGAGAAGGGGCGGCCACUGGAGGUACACUUUGUGUUGUACAAAACUUCGGAGCUGAAUGCUUGGCUAAGGGCCGCGCGAGAAGCUUUUGGCCCAAGCACGAUGCCGACAUCCCCUGUAACAUCGCAGACACCACUCACAUCACUCACCAUUGCCAGGGAGAGUGACUGUCAAGCUCACAGCUGGUCACAAGCACCGCGGUACCAAGCUUCGGAGGGUGGGCAAAGGCCGAAGUGUGCAAGGCCUGGCUCCGUGCAGAACCUAAGCCGUGCCCACGUCUACACGCCCGGCGUUGCCUGUUGGGCGACCGAGCCGUGUGCGCCUUCGAGCCAGCAAGAGACCGACCAGCGCAAUCUCGAAAGGCUGCUCAACACCUUGCUUCAGGAAGAUGCUGAGGAGGCCCUCUCAAUGCCAGGUGGGAAUCCUGCUACGCUGGUCGGCGGCCUUCACAUCAUGUGCUGCAUGAGCCCCACAACCAGCGUGUCAAAUGCCGAGCCACAUACCUCGGCGAACCAGCUGAGCUAUGGUUCGUCAGAGGCAGAGAGCGCUGCUGCCUUGGAGCUGGAUGCGCUGAUCAAGGUGCGAGACUGGAAGCAGGUUCAAAAGAAGAUCCGGGGGAAGGUGUGGAAGCUUAGCUGCUCAAAGGCAGGCUCGGAGCAGCUGCAACAGUUGCUCGUGUCUGGGGGUCACGUGAAGAGCGGUGGCGCCAAGGACUGGAACGCUGCUGUUGACACUGUGAUCUCGGAGCUGCGCACGCACGUCAUGCAGGCGUUUUUCACCAAGCCGAACUUCUCCAACUAUGUCCUGCAAGCUUGCAUCCAGGCUCUGUCGCCGGAGCGCUUCAAGUUUAUCCUCGAGGAGCUCAAGGAUUGCGUUCCACAGGUGGCUAUGGAUGCCCAAGGCUGCCGUGUGAUGCAGCGAAUCAUCGAGCACGUUGGUGACAAGAACGAGCAUACCUUGCAGCUCCUGGAGCAAAUCCUUCCGAGACUGCGGGAGGUCGCAAUGAACCGGUAUGGAAAUCAUGUCGUGCAGAAAUUCCUGGAGAUGGCUUCUCAAAGCCAAAGGGACCUAAUCGCAGAGGAGCUGCUGCGGCUCGUCCAACAUGACAGAGGGGUCCUCUUCGAGAUGGCGAACAGCAAGUUCGCCAGCCACGUUCUUGAAAAAGCAAUGGCCAAUGCUUCCGCAGAACUCCAGGAACACUUUCUCUGCAUUUUGGAGACGGAGUUGGACACUAGAGUUGACAGGCGCAAGCUGAAGAAGAAAAAGUUUGGCAGCUUCGUUUGGCGCUCUUGUGUUCGAACUCGUGCCAAGUGGGACAGCAGCCCGAAGGCAGCAUCCUCGUCCUCAUCGUGUCCGUCCCCUGCGCCUUUCACCCCCAACGGCUUCGCAUACGAAGGGCUACAACCGACAACCUACCAGGUCUUUACGGGUUCUCCCCAAGCGUCGUCUUGGUGUCCCGUUCUCGUGCCCGCCGUUUGCCCCGUCAACCUUGCCUACCAACAAGCGGAGCUUGGGCAUGCCGUUUGCGACGUUCGGGGGUCAGCCAGUCCGCAGUUGAGGCGUGUAGCAACGCCUCCCAUAGAUGCCAAGGCCUUUUCGACGGGCUUUAGUGCUGGAGGGGUCGGCCUAACGGUGCGGUUCUCGAAUUUGAAAGAUGCCUGGCGUCGCUCUUGGGCAGCAUUCCAAUUGUGCCUCUCAGUGCCGAUGCCAGUCAAGGCACUCCGUGUGACCCGAGCUUUCGAGCUGGGCGUGUGGUCCUCCAGUUUGGAAACCUAUUAUCCCAUCAUUGUCUCUGCAGCUUUUGUGCUCCUCGGACUGGGCUACUUGCUCUGCCUACACAUUAUCUCCCUCAUGCUGAGGAGGUACUUGGCAGGGCGCACGACUGUGUUUCCCUUCUGGUACAUCUUCCUAGGGGUUGCGCUGUCAGUGGCGCUGGUCCUUUCCGUCUGCUUUGCACGCUUGAACUAUUCCAAAAACAUGCUGGCGUCUGAAACGCUGCGUCGGUUGGCUAUGGCAUCCAAUGUCGAUCCAGCUACCGACUCCAGUAGCCGAUACUUGGACAUCGGCCGCGUCGAAUUUGCACCCGGUGCUCAAAUCGACGUUGGCAAGUACAUAGGUUUCAAGAACAGCGAUCUCUAUUGUGUAGCGCCCAUCAUCAACAAGAAUGCCACCAAAGCCCCGGCCAGCUACGACUAUUGGGCUGUUGGACUCAACUGCUGUGACCAAAACGGCUUCCGCUGCGGGGAGUACCACAAGCCGUCGGCGCGAAGUGGUGUCCGGCUGCUGAACGAGGAACAGCGGCAAUUCUAUGUCCUGGCAGUGAAGGAAGCCGAGGCCACUUUCGGCAUCACAGCUACGACACCCCUCUUCUUCUUCUGGGUGGAGGAUGCCAACGCCCUCCAAAAGUCCUGGAAGGACAAAGCCAUGCAGUACUGGCUGCUGGCCUGCCUGACCUUCACCGCCUUCAUGUUUGUUGCCACUGUGGCUGGAGUCGUAUACUUCGAGUCCUUCUACGUGACCUUCUGGUGA